AUAAGCCCGGCUAAGACCCGCCUUAAACCCUAAUUUUCUCAGGAAACAAACAUUCCGCCCAAUCAAUUUUCUCGAGAAAAUGAUUCUCGGCAUUCACAAGUCUCUCCGUCUCCCUCGUAAUCAACCAAAUUCUUUGAGGGAUGUUGUAUUGUUAAUCAGCUUCUUGAGUAAUUUGAUAUUGGAGCGCCUUUUUUGCUCAAUUUACCUAUAAUAAAAAAUGGGACCAAUUAUCUUUUUCCCUUUAUGCGAGAUAAUGUUGUGAUAUCUGCUUUUUCGAGGAAUUCUUGAAAGAGUUUGAGAAAAUGCCUGCCUCUAAAAAUCCAUGUAGAAGUGAUCAACCUUCAAUCAAAUACAGGUGGAGAGCAGAUGAGGGGGCUUUCUUUGAGGUUGGUAAGCUUGUUCCUGAAGAAUAUGCCCCUUCUCUCCCUGAUAAAAAUAGGAAAAGUAGAACAAAAUCUGAAACCAAGGAACCCGAAAUACUGAGCACAGCUGAGCUCAUCUCGUCUUUAAACCAGAUAUGGAACUGUGCCAGCCGUCUUACUAUUUUUCAACAGCAGGCAAAUCUGGAUAGAAACCAUUUUGUUUCUCAGAAAGAGGAUAUAUUGGUCAAUCUGGGGAGGGAGGAAAAUGGCACAGGAUCUAUUUCAGCUGAUAGUAAGUACUUUUGUGUUGAUUUGGGGACAGCUAGCCAACUCCCACCUGCUAUGAAGCCAAACUUUAAGUUUGUCAAAAUAACCAAGAAGAUGUCCAUGUUUGAUUUUUGUAACAAAAAUCCUAAGUGUUCAUUUUACCAGGGGCUUCUGUGCUGUGGUACUGACUUGUCUAAUAAGUCUUGGAAAGCAAAGGGGCUUUCAGCUGUUGGAUUCUCAUAUGAAUUUGGAAAUGUAUACAAAUGGAUGAGGGAGAUGAUUCCUGGUGGACUUAAGUAUUAUGUAAAUGUCCAGACUGAGAACAAGAAAUUGGGUAAAUAUUGCGAUGUGGGUGGUACAAGUAGUGAUUCAGGAGGCUGCAUUUCAGCAGAUAGAACUAAUCCGACAGAUAACUUGCCCACUGAAAAUGCUGAACCUUAUUCUCAUUGUAUCAAAUCUAUAGAUUCAUCCAUAUUGCAUGAUGCGAAAUUGGUUAUGGAUACAAGAAGAACCACCUCUCUGCGCUCAGAUUAUUUCCUCACUUCUGUUCAAGAAACCAAGGCAAAUUGUAGUGUUUCAAGGACACCGGAUUCUAAUCUUUGUGCAGAUUAUCAUAUAAAUGUUUUAGCUUCCUGUAGUAGUACAUACAAAGAGUGCCAACAUCUUAGUGAUGGUAAUGAGUGCCUUAAAAAUGAAAGAAAACAACCUGAACCGUUUUCCACUGAGGAUGACAGUAGAAUGGAAAGUCACUCAACAGCAAGUGAAAAACCCCAAUUUGCUCUUGCUAAGCAAGAGCAUGCUUUUGCAGGGGCUUUUGCUGGAAUAUUUGUCAGUCUUUGUCUACAUCCUGUUGAUACAGUUAAGACGGUCAUUCAAUCUUGUCGUGCAGAGCAGAAGUCAAUCUGUUUUAUUGGAAGAUCAAUAAUUUCUGAAAGAGGUUUAACUGGACUAUAUCGCGGCAUUGCUAGCAAUAUUGCAUCUUCAGCUCCAAUAUCUGCCCUUUAUACUUUCUCUUAUGAAUCAGUUAAAGGGGCUUUGCUUCCUCUUUUUCCUAAGGAGUAUCAUUCUUUAGCUCAUUGCAUGGCUGGCGGUUGUGCAAGCAUUGCUACUUCUUUUAUUUUUACCCCUAGUGAGCGUGUAAAGCAGCAGAUGCAAGUUGGUGUGCACUAUCAAAACUGCUGGAAUGCCUUGGUUGGAAUUGUGAAGAAGGGGGGUUUGCCUUCACUCUACACUGGGUGGGGGGCUGUACUCUGCAGGAAUGUUCCACACUCAAUCAUCAAGUUCUACACAUAUGAAAGCUUGAAGCAAGUCAUGUUGACAUCAUUGCAGUCCUCUGCUCAACCAAACACUCUGCAGACACUAGUUUGUGGUGGGCUAGCUGGUUCAACUGCUGCUUUGUUCACAACUCCCUUUGAUGUGGUGAAGACAAGAUUACAGACACAGAUACCUGGAUCUUCGAGCCAAUACAAUAGUGUGUAUCAUGCCCUUCAAGAUAUAAGGGCACAAGAAGGUUUGAAAGGGCUCUAUAGGGGAUUGAUUCCUAGGUUGGUUAUGUAUGUGUCUCAAGGGGCACUCUUCUUUGCAUCAUAUGAGUUUUUCAAGCAGUUAUUCUCUUUGGAGGUGCCGCAGUUUAUAAUUCAGAAACAGCACAUGGAAAACCAAGAUAAUUCUCCAUCACAAUUACCAUCGCCAUUACCAUCAGCAUCAACACCAAUGCCGAGAACAUCACCAUCAGCAUCAGGGUUGCACGGUUUUCAUUCCUAAUUAUCAUGGAGGCAUUGUUAACAAGCUGAUGAUGACACAAGCAUAAGAGCAUGUGGAAAAGUGUUUUGGCUAAUACAAGAGACCUUUUUGAGGUGAUGCAAAAACUAAUUGACUUAAGGCAAAGCCUGAAAAAUAAACUGACAAAGAUUGUCAUCUUGCCAUACAGGUUAAGAUUCUUUGUGCUAAUAGAAGAUGUUGGAAAAUACAAUGUAUCAGGAAUGGCUGGUGCAAGCAGGCCAGUUAUUACUGCCAUGUUUUGAGACAGUAAUGAGCGUCACUGCUGGUGGAUGGCUAAUAUUUGUAUCAUUAAUGUUCCACAUCUUUGUAAUAUGAGGCAACAUAUAAUUUAUAAUCAUCAAUCAAACAAUUUAUUUGCUUUGGCGUUACAUAUUUA